GCCCCGCCCGCCCCUGCCCAGUGGACCAAGCGGGCAGGGCAGGCGCAGGCAGUCGUAGCGCAGACACCUCAGGGACACGACGGCAACCACGUCGACUACUUGACCCUCUGAAGCAACCCAACCAGCACCAUGGUGUACGAGUCAGACUUCUACACGACCCGCCGGCCCUACUCCCGGCCCACCCCGACCAUCUCCUCGUACUCCGUGACGACCGACCGAGAAACGACAAAGGCCCAGCCCCUCCGCAACAACCUGCCCUUCGUGGCGCACAAGAGGCUGACGGCGCCACAGGCCCCGCCGCCGCGGUCCAAGGUGCGCAGCUCGGUGCUCAUGGCCGAGAUCGACAGGAUCAACCACCGGGUGAGGCCCCACCCCGCGUACGUCCCCACCGAGGACUGGCUCAACUCAGCCUGCUCCGUGUACCAACUCAUGAGAAAGCUGAACUACCGCGUGGACCCCUCCGAAACGCCCGAGCCCCCGGCCAGGAUCCCGUCCCAGUACAACGAGGUCGUGCCGGAGCAGUCCGCGUACUGGAGGUUGCGCACCCGCGUCCGGAAGGGGGAGCUGCCCCUGACCGCCCUCGCAACUUACGACAUUUUUCGCCUGCAGAUGGCAGUCAGCGAUCUGAACUUCGACGACGAGACCCGCUCCAUCCGCGCGCAGACCGCCGCCCUGCUCAAGAGGGUGCACUCCCCCAUCCCGCGCUCCAGGGGCCCCCUGCACGCCGUCCUGCCCACGCCCAGCUCCCUGAUGGAGACGGCCGUCCCCCACCGCCACACCUCGGACUACUACAUCGAGGGCCUGCUGGCGCCCAUCAACAAGGUGCAGCGUGACGUCGCCUCAAGGUCCUUCUACGUCGAACACCCCCGGCCCUACAUCGGCAAGGGCAACUUGGCCUGCGUGAGCUUCGCGGGCGGCAAGUCGUACGCCAAGCGCCGGGGCCACUACGACGUGCCCGAGGACCACCACAACGUCCAGGACGACAUCGCCACCCUGUCCUACUACAACCGCGCCAGGGCCGUCGCCAACGGCCAGGAGCCCGGCCCCGAGCCUGCAGCGGCCAGCACCAGGAAGUCGCGGCCUUACAGAUCAACCACAGACUCGGCCCCCGCCCCCAAGGCAGACGCCGCCCCCGCCGCCCCCGCGCCCCGCCCCGCCGCCGAGCCCAUCCGAACAGCCUCCGUGAAGGAAGAGCCGGCAGCCGAGGCCGCCGCCGAGGCUGAGCUCGCCGCCGAGACCCAGGCCGUGCCAGUGACCAACGGCGUGUCCGCGGAGGAGGACGAGGCCGCCAAGCUGGCCGCCGAGGAGGCCGAGCUGGAGAGGCAACUAGAGGCCGAGCUCCGCGCCGAGGCCGAGGCCAAGGAAGCGAAGAAGGCCAAAAAGGCCGCGGCCAAGAAGGCCAAGGACGACGAGGAAGCGAAGAAGGCCGCCGAGGAGGCCGAGGCCAAGAGGCAAGCCGAGGAGGCCGCCGUAAAGAAGGCCGAGGAGGAGGCUGCGGCUGCAGCGGCGGCCGCCGAGGAGGAGGCCGAGAUCGAGCGACAAGUGGCAGCCGAGCUAGAGGCGGAGGCCAAGAAGGCCGCCGAAGAGGCCCUGGCGGCUGCCGCAGCGGAGCCCGCGGAAGAAGUAAGCAACGAGGAGACGACCGAGGCCGAGGCUGAGGCUGAGGCCGAGGCCGCGCCGGAGGCUGAGGCCGACGCUGAACCCGAAGUGGCCGCCGCCGAGGAGGCGGAACCCGAACCCGAACCCACCCCCGAACCCGCAGAUGAGCCCGAACCCGAGCCCGAACCCGAAGUGGCCGCGGCGGAAGCCGAGCCCGAGACUGCAGCUUCUCCCGAGCCAGAGGCCAUCGCAGAAGACCCCGUCGUGGAGGAACCAGAGUCCGAGGCCGUGGAGGCCGAGGAGGCCAAGUCAGACGAGGACGCCGGCUGGCCUCUGGACGAGGAGUGA